ACCGCUUUUCUGGUGCAACACUAGUAAAGAGGAUCAGAGUGUUGGCAAUUGGACGUUUGUUGGAAAUUGUGAAAGGAAAAAAAAAACAAAAAUUCGAUUUGACAACCCAGAAAGAUCCCGAUCCGUGAAACGCCAUCGUGAAAUAACCGUCGCUAAGCCCCCACGAUCUUAUGGAAGCAUUGAAAAGAAUAAUCGUAAAAGACCGCCCUUUGUAUUCAUCACAGAAAAACAUAUAUCUUCAAGGGGCGUAACACCGCCUACAGUUUAA